UCUGAUUAGAAAACUGUAUCAGCAAUUGACACGUUGCACGAUUAUAUACAUAUAUACAUUACACGCAUUUCAGGACAUCUUCAGCGCUCAUCGUUCUCUCUCGAAUUCGAUCUGCUUCAUAUUCUCUCUGUAACGCAAAGCACCAGAAGGGAGGUUCUUGUGGGAGAAGAUGCAGAGAGGAAGAGAAGUUAGAGAAAAUUCUUCGAACAAUUCAGGCAGUGCAUUUGAUGAUUUUGAAGGUUUUGGCUUUAGCGGGAGUAUGUUUCCUAGCAUAUUUGGCGGAAGGGAUCCUUUCGAUGACCCAUUUUUCACUCGCCCAUUCGGUAGCAUGUUUGGUUCAAGCGCUUUCGGUUCAAAUAGUGCCCAUGGAGAAUCUCGACAUGCCAGUGCCAGUAGAUCAAAGGGACCAAUCAUUGAAGAAUUGGAUAGUGAUGACGAAAGAGUAGUAGAAGACAAGGGCCAUGAUGUUAAUACUGAUGGAGAUAAUGAAGAUAAAUUUAAAGAGAAUGCUUGGUCUAAUAGAAAUCCUCUAGUCGAGCACCCAGAGGACCAAACUAGAGACCACCGGAAGAGCACAAGCAACGGCAGAGAAGUUUCUUACAGAACCAACCAUGGCAAAGCAGAGGGAUCUCAACCUCAGAGCCGGAGUGUUAACUUCCAGAGGGUAACUUAUGGUGGUAUUAAUGGAGCUUAUUACACUGCAACGACGACACGAAAGACUGGAAGUGAUGGGGUAAUACUAGAAGACAGCAAACAAGCUGACAAAACAACUGGUGAAGCAACACACAGGAUUUCUAGAGGAAUUCAUGACAAGGGCCAUUCACUUACCAGGAAGCUUGAUACAGAUGGUAAGGUUGACACAAUGCAGACUUUGCACAAUUUAGCUGAAGAUGAGCUGCCAGGCUUUGAGCAAGCUUGGAAAGGUAAUGUCGAUGGGCAUUUGCCUGGCUGGAAUACUGGAUUUGACUCGCAUUCUGGUUCAGGGAAUACGGGUGGUGCGCAGACUGAUCUGGCUUCCUGGGGAGGUUUUGCUCGUCCAUUUUCACAGCGGUUUGGUCGAGACGAAAUGUUUGGACCGGGUCGGAAUUCUCGGGCUCAGUCUUCCGGUGGAAGACCCAAAAAGGUCGUCACGAUUAACAUUGAGUAAACCUGCGUAGAAUGCUGGGUCAGAGUAGAGAGCAUUCCUCGUUGUCAUCCUGAAUCUACCUAGGAGGAUGAUUAUCGUGAAAUGAUUUUCAGAGUAUUCUUUCAAUAAUUAUUGUAUUGGAUUAUGAGCGUAGUUAAAACGUACCUGUAAUUCUAGUUGUUCGUGACAGUUUGAUGUUCAAAUAGUGUUGAUGCAUUGUAGUCGUUUGUGUGGGAAUACGUUGAGGAACAUCGAUCAGAGUUCUAUGAAUUGAUUGGGAUUUAAUCCUUGGACAAUGAUUCUUUAGUUGAAUCAAGGUCGGCGGGAGGCCUUAAAUCAAUUUCAAAUAUGGGAUUUUGUAUAUAAAUAAAAAUACAUGUAACCGAAGUG